UCCGCUUGUUCCUGAGCUCAGAGAGAGAGCAAGAGAAUGGCUCGCAGGCUCCGGGAUUCACUGCACAGCAUUCCUACCAUUUUGGACUAAGUCAAGUCUGGUCACAGGCACAUCCCCGUGUUUGGUUUCUCAGAGCAGGCGAUGAGCAGACUAAAUGAAGGGUGAAUGCCAAACUAGAGAGAAAGAGAUCAUCAAAAUGACAGUGGAUUUUGAAGAGUGUGUGAAAGAUUCCCCUCGGUUCAGGGCAACAAUUGAGGAAGUGGAGACUGAUGUCGUGGAAAUCGAAGCAAAACUGGAUAAGCUGGUGAAACUGUGCAGUGGGAUGAUCGAAGCAGGGAGAGCAUAUACCACGGCCAACAAACAUUUUGUCAAUGGGAUCCGAGACCUCUCUCAACAGUGCAGGAAAGAUGAAAUGAUAUCGGAAUGCCUCCAGAAGUUUGGAGAAAGCUUACAAGAAAUGAUCAACUACCACAUGAUUCUCUCCGAUCAAGCUCAAAGGUCAGUAAGGAUGCAGCUGAAUAACUUCGUCAAAGAAGAUGUUCGGAAGUUUAAGGAGACAAAGAAGCAUUUCGACAAGGUCAGAGAGGACAUGGACCUGGCGUUGAUCAAAAAUGCUCAGGCUACCAGGAACAAGACACACGAGGUGGAGGAGGCUACGGGGACAUUAACAAUGACCAGGAAGUGCUUCCGGCACCUGGCACUCGACUAUGUUCUUCAGAUUAAUGUUCUUCAGGCAAAGAAGAAGUUUGAAAUAUUAGAUGCGAUGCUGUCGUUCAUGCAUGCACAGUACACCUUCUUCCAGCAAGGAUACGACUUGCUUAAGGAGCUGGAUCCCUACAUGAAAAAACUGGCCACGGAGCUGGACCAGCUUGUGAUUGACUCGGCUGUGGAGAAAAGGGAAAUGGAGCAUAAGCACGCGCUGAUACAACAGCGGACUCUGCUACAGGACUUCUCAUAUGAUGAUUCCAAAGUUGAAUUCAAUAUUGAUGCUCCUAAUGGAGUGGUGAUGGAAGGUUAUUUGUUCAAGAGAGCAAGCAAUGCUUUUAAGACUUGGAACCGGAGGUGGUUUUCAAUACAAAACAGUCAGCUGGUGUACCAGAAGAAGAUGAAGGAUGCAUUAACUGUGGUGGUCGACGAUUUACGGCUUUGUUCCGUCAAACCCUGUGAGGACAUCGAGAGGCGCUUUUGUUUCGAGGUUGUCUCUCCAAACAAGAGCUGUAUGCUGCAGGCAGACUCGGAAAAGUUACGCCUAGCCUGGAUUCAGGCAGUGCAGGCCAGCAUCGCCACUGCAUACCGAGAAAGCCCAGAUAACAACUACAUCAAUAGGCUGGACAGAACUGCAUCUCCAUCCACAAGCAGCAUUGACUCCGCUAGUGACUCCCGGGAUCGCAGUGUGAAGGGUGAAAGCAUCCUGCAGCGAGUGCAGGGCAUUGCUGGCAAUGACCAGUGCUGUGACUGCGGACAAGCUGACCCUCGAUGGGCCAGCAUCAACCUUGGGAUCACACUCUGCAUUGAGUGCUCUGGAAUUCACAGGAGCCUUGGUGUCCAGUGUUCCAAGGUUCGUUCUCUCACAUUGGACUCCUGGGAGCCAGAGUUACUUAAGUUGAUGUGCGAGCUGGGAAACAACACUAUUAAUCAUAUUUAUGAAGGAAGAUGUGAGGAAUAUGGACUGAAGAAACCACAGCCGACGAGUACAAGGCAGCAGAAGGAAGCCUGGAUCAAAGCCAAAUACGUAGAAAAGAAAUUCCUUAAAAAACUGCCUAAUGCCGACGCACUCACAGAUACUGAACGGAAACCACGGCGAUGGAGUGUCAAGAAAUGCCGACGGCACAACAGUUCCACCAAAGCUCCGACAGCACGCAGGAGGUAUCGGCAGGACGCUGGCAGUGUAUCACCAGCAACAUUCGCAGCAGCAGCUGCACUGGAGAGAAAAUUUCGAAGAGACUCCCUGUUUUGUCCUGAUGAACUUGACUCGCUGUUUUCAUACUUUGACACUACAGCUGGGCCCCGUAGCCCCGCAGGUUUAAGCAGUGACAGUGGCCUGGGCGGCAGCACCGAUGGCAGCACCGAUAUCCUGGUAUUCGGCACAGUGGUGGACAGUGUCACUGAAGAAGUGAGUGAGGUUUCUGAGGAGUCAAGCGGUGAGGCAGAGAUUGAGGCAGAAGCUUCCGACUCCGAAGAUCUCCGAGAGCUACACCCUGGCAUCCUUGUGUAUAAGGCAGCACAAGCUCGCAAUCUGGCUGUCAUGGCUGAGGCCUUGGCCCAUGCUGCUGACGUCAACUGGGUCAAUGAUGAGGAUGAGAAUAAAACUCCGCUCAUUCAAGCAGUCAUUGGGGGUUCACUUGUUGCUUGUGAAUUCCUACUUCAAAAUGGGGCUGAUGUAAAUCAAAAAGAUAUUCGAGGUCGUGGGCCGAUCCAUCAUGCCACCUAUCUGGGACACACUGGUCAGGUCUGUCUUUUUCUCAAACGAGGAGCCAGUCAGAAUGCAGUGGACGAUGAUGGGCAGGAUCCACUCAGCAUUGCUGUUCAAGCAGCCAACGCAGACAUAGUGACUCUAUUGCGACUGGCAAGAAUGAAUGAAGAGAUGCGGGAGACUGAAGGCCCAUUUGGCCAGCCAGGUGAUGAAACGUAUCAUGAUAUUUUUAGGGAAUUUUCUCAUAUGGCAUCUAACAAUCCUGAGAAACUCAACAGGAGAAGUUUCCAUGUCAGCCAUUCCUGCAGGUAGCUGGACAAGUUGCUCCUCUAAACUAUGACCAGCUUUUCCCGAGACUUGUGCACUGCUCUCCAGCUGACUGCGACUGUCACUGUGUUCGAAAAUGUCCAAGGCCCUAAGGAUACAGACAGAUAAAUUCCAGGGCUGCAAGUGGGACCAAGAGCACAUGACAAUUCUGAUAUUUAUUACCAGAAGCACUGCCACUUGUAAUUUUCGGAUGUAAGUGAAAGACCAUGUUUUUAGAUGGGCUUACCCUGUACUUGCCAACAUUCCCCUGUCCUGGUUGACAUAUAUGUUAUUUAAACUGAGCCACAGAGAAGUUCCCAGGUUCAAGUCAUGCUGAAUUGGCUUCACUAAAAUGUUAGUGGUACAUUGCUCUAGGCCAGGAAGAGGAAAAGGCUUCUCUUUCUCCACAAUAACAAACAGAUCAUGCUGGACAGUGGAAACAGGAGGAAGUAUAAGAUGUGCAGAAUUCAGUUCUUUUUAAUAUAAAACUCUUUCAUGGGAUGUGGAUGUUACUGGCCAACAUCUAUUUCACUUCUCUAAUUGUAAUUAAUAGAGUGGUGGUGAGCUGCAUUCCAAUGGUUUAGCAACCACAGUGUGUUAGGAAGCCUGUGGACUCAACCACAGUGAAGGUAUAGAGAUAUAGUUCUAAGUCAGGAUAAUGUGUGACUUGGAGAGGGACUUGCUGGUGGUAGUUUUCCUAUGCAUCCACUGUCCUUGUCUUUCAAGCUGGUUAAAGUUGUGGUUAGAGACAAAAAAACUACAGAUGCUAGAAUCC